AUGGAGUUGGGCCUCGAUGAUUUGGAAUGCACUUCAGAAGCUUUGAGGGCCUGGAGUCCCUUGCGCACUCAAGCACAGGAGGUGGCGGAGCUGUGGCGCACAGGGCGCUUGCAGGAGCCUCCCGAAGGGCUGGAAGCUUUGUCUUAUAGUCUCAUCGACACGCAUCGAGUGAAUGCUCAUGAACUUUAUGAUCACUUCUGGGGAGAUCGCGAGACAGCCGAACACAACUUGUGGCCUUUUGAACAUUAUUGCAUUCUGGGCCAUGCCACCGCUCUGUACGUGCUGGCCUGGGCGGCCAGCAGUCGAAGGGAGUUCAUCGAAGCCGAGUACUUCUUGACCACCGCCGUUGCCAUGUUGAGGAUGGACGACCAUGACUUCUUUGAACACACUUCAUGGCCCUUUACGUCCUUUGAUCUGCUGUCGAACCUCUACUUUGUGCGACUCCAGUGGCCCUUCCAAGCGACCCACGUGAAGCCGCACCCCGAGGGGUCCGGCCACCUCCGCACACGCUUGCCCUUGGUGUGGCCGUCGUAUGCUCCCCGUUGUUGGCCCCACUGCCCGACGGAACGACCCGAGUGGUCGAAGCGUCCGCUGAAGGUGUGGUGGACCUCCAAGAAUCCGGGCCCCUUCGUGGACUUCGCGACGCUCGUGGAGAGAUGGAUGGGCGAUCGAUAUGCGGUGUCCAUCUCUCACAAUGCGCUGGCAGAUCAUUGUGAGUACGCUCGUUACAAAGACUGGCUUUGCUCGAAGGAUGAACGCUUCAAGGAGGUCAUGCAAGAGCAGAGGAUUCUCAGCGAGAUGUCACAAGCAGACUGUGGUGAGGAGCGUGGCCAGUGGUGUGGCUUGAAGGAGCUGCACGAAGCCUUUGACCCAGUCAUUGGGCGCUUUGAGGCUGCCUUUCCUGAGCUGAAGCAAGUAGAUCUCUUCGCCUGCGGCCACCCGCUAUUUUGGUGCCGGCUGGUCGAGAGCUUUGAAGCUCCGAUCCUGGGCAUUUGGGACAUGACGCACCUCUUUGCCGUUCCGGAGCAUCUGCAGGAGACUUGGACCAGUGGAUUCUUACGACUCUUCGAGAAGAAGCAGAACCUCCUGGUGGCCAUGUCUGCCUACCAUAGUUUUCAGAUCCAGUGGCUUUUAAAUCUACGUAGCGCCUAUUUUCAACCUGUCACACCUGAUGUGGCUCUACGUGCGAGGUAUCACCCACUGCGACAGGAAGAGGUGCUGGUGAGCAAAUUCCGCACGCCCUACGACAUUGAGCUCUUGCAGCGCCUCGCGGCCAAGGCUGCCUCAUCAUUUCCUUUCCGCUUUGUGGCAUGGGACGACAUGCCUUGUGGGAAGGACUGCACCAAAGCCGAACUGGGCCACUUUCGGGCCAGUGUGCUGUCUGCCUACGACACGAGUCCCAUGAAGUUGACGGAGUUCUAUGCGAUGGCAAUGCCAAUCUUCAUCUUCUCCGGCGGCUUGUGGCGCACUGCCAUGCGCUGGGCGAAGGCGGAUGCCAAGUCAGGAGGGCCCAAUGCCAGCUGGCCAGGCCGGCACUUCCAUCACCUCGAAGCGCCGACGAGUUCUGGAAGCGCCGGAAACGCCUCCAUCGCCCGGGCGCUGCAACAGGAAACCGAGGCGAUCUCUUGGGAACAGCCGUGGCAAGUCUUCGAGAAGGAGCCACUGCCGUACUCACCCUUCAUGCAGAACCGCUCCUUGUCUCGAGGAAUCGUGGAAUCAAGCACAUUGCACGGGAAUUGGAUGGUCUUGGGACGGGUUUUCUGUGGUCAACCCAGUGUGCCACAGCACCUUUGUCCCUUGUCAGUGAAAUGA